AUGAGGAGGCACAGUAACUCGGCAGCGAAGUUCCUUCGGCGUGGUGAGCACCAUUCUUACCGAAGUACAGGCGCAGCCUCGCUGGAUAUUGACGCCUCCGUUAUUUUUGAAGAUGAAGCAGGGACCGACGCCCCACGCAGCUGCUCCCCCGCACGAUCACCAAAGCCAAGUCAACUAACACUGUCAGGCUCCUCUCAGUACCUCCCGCGACAGCGUCCUCGUUUUCACACCGUUCAGGAUCUCGACUUGGCUCUCAAUCAGGCCAUCGAGGGUCGUAUCAACAGCAAAAAUGCCUGGGCCUCGAAGGAAGCGAGUGACUUGCUUGAAGGUAUCACUCACACGAUCGAAAGUACACUGGAGGCCAACGCAGCGGACGAUUACUCGGGGUUCACAAAAGCAGCAACCGUGGUGGAGGGGUGCUCAAAGGUGUGGACCAUUCGGGUGGACAGUACAUAUCAACAAAGUAAUCAAAUGGUGCGACGCUUACUUCGGAAUGACGAUACCACGACUGCGAAUGGCAACGAGGAGGAGGGGGGACAAGAAGAGAGCGGUAACGAUGUGCUUUCAGGAAAAAGUAAGACCAAAAAGGGGAACGCUGUGGCCACAACACUGGCACGCACACUGGCUCUCAAUGCUGCAGAGAUUAACCUGGAUAGCAAGGCAAGAACGACUCUCACUCAAACCGGUAUCAAUGCCCAGUUUCGCGCUAUCACAGAGAAGUUUGACCAGGGUAACGCACAUGGGUUGUUAAUGAACAACGCACCAUUGGGGAGUAUGGGUAACCUUAUCCUUGACAUUGACUAUUCACGCUAUGUUGGUAAGGACGUUCGGGCUGAGUCUUCGUCUCGAAAGCGCAAAAAUCAUUCAGGGCGCGACUCUGGACGUGCAAGUGACAGCGCUGUAGCAGCUACUGGGGUAAAAAGGGAAAAUAAUGCAGAGACGGAUCAGAGUGAAGAAGCCGAUGACGCACUGAAAACACCUCGUUUAUCAUGGGCUUGUGUCGAAGAGGACACUGAGGUUGACGCCCAGGUGGAUGACCUACCGGAAUACAUCGCAUCACCAUUCCCGGAGUCCGCCAGCGACGGCCGCAUAAGUGACGCGGGAAGUAGUAACAAAUCCAAGAGUGUGCGCGGUAGUAUCAGAGAGCAUGCUGUGAGUGAGCUCUUAGCACUAUCACAUGCGGCGAUCAAACACGAAAUUAUUUCAACGGAAACAGCUUUACCGGCGAUAGAUAAUCCCAUGGUUUCAGGCCCCUCUGUGCUUGCCGCUAGCCAUGUUGGCGAUGCUGAAAGUCUUUCACAGGGUCCUCUCGGAAAAUCUGCGAAUGUGGACGACGACGGGUAUGAUUUUACCGGAAACGAUUACUGGGACGAAGCAGAUGGAGGUGCUGUUCAGGAAGAUGGAAAUUCUGGCGCUCUCAAUGCGGAUCAGGCUGCGGUGCAGUUGGUAUCAGGUGCUUAUGAAAUGCAAACUAUGGAUUCUCGGUUUGUUUACCCAUGUGCUGCAGUUGGAGACGGUAGUGCAGCUGGAGGGACCGUACAGCAACUUGCUUUAGAAGCCGAGGACCCUUCCUCAUGGUGCUCCCUUGCAGAUAUCCCAUCUCAUUCGCAUUCAUUGCUUGGUACGGCUCCCCGUUCGGAGCUUUCACGAUUGCAUCGUGAGCACAAAUUGCUCAGUCAGCCUCAGAGAAAACAGCUGCAAUCAAGCGCAAUAGCAGGUGCCACUGGUAGCAUGAAUGUGGGCUCGCCGGCGAAGCGUCCGAAGAAAGAGCGGACCGUCGUGUUCGACCUUGGCGAUACAGCCAAAUUUUCUUCUGACCCUCUUUCAAGGACUGCAUGCCCCAUUCCUUCGACGGACCCAAGCCGCCUUAAUGGGACUAGCAGUGUACUGAAGCAGAGUACCACCGUCGGCAAGAACAUGACUCCUUUAGGGAAAGAAGUCUUGAUUCACAAGGACGCCUCAAGCGUGGUACUAGCCUAUACGCAAAGCUCCGUACAGCGUAGCAAGGCCGAGGAAGCUAAUCUUGUGUUGCCGCCCCCGCCUGUUCCUGGUAAGACAAUACCAGGCUACCUACCUUACCCAGUGGAUAUCCCAAGCUUUUUUCAGCCUUUCUCAACAGCUGUUUCUGAGUGGAACUUGCUACGCAAAUCUGCAUCUGGACAGCUUAUGAUCGGUACCCGCUCGAGGAAUACCUCAAUACUCAAUGUUGGGUGUGCUAAGGGCGAUCAUGCAGCCUUAAAUGGUGUCGAUCAGCAGCGUUAUGAUGAUGGCGACACCGGUGAAGGGGGCUGCCUCGGUUACGAUAUGCCGAUGGAGUAUUUCCCCACAGGUGCUGAUCUGCUCGCGGAGCGGAGCGAGGAGGAUUACAUGGGCUACGACCUUGGUGGAGAGUUGGAGUAUUCCGGAAGCGACGACUACGACCCUGACAAGCUCCAACAUCAGGAGCAUCAGAGACUGCUCAUGCAAUUCGAAGCUCAAGCAGCAGCAGCGACGGUGGUUUCGUCGACUCGGACGAGCAAAAGUGAGGAGGGGGCCAUAGGAAGUGGCACCGGCGCGGAGUUGGAUCCUAUGGAACUCGUGCGCAUAUUCCGGUCACCCGAAGCAUUCUUGCCUACGCAGGUAGACGUGGUGAGGUUGCGCCAGGUCAUGUGGGAGGCCGUGCAGGAAUUACUGGGGGCUGGCUUAAAGAAAAAGGACCCGGAGUUACUCGCAGCUGAACCUUCCAAAAAGGAAAGUGAGGUCGGAGAGAGUGAAUCUGAUUCCCAUCAAGAGGACGAGGAAUCUGAUCAACCACCCACCGCGAAAGGCAAUCUAAAUCGAGAGUUUGGUAUGCUGAAGCGACACAUGCAAUCGAUUCUUCAGCCGCUCAAGAAAAAGAAACAACACACAGAUCUAAAUCGCAUGCAAGAGCAAGAAUGCAAAGAGAAUGAAGAAAGCGGUCGAGAAAGGAGUCUCAACGUCACGGGGGUUAGUAAUGUUAAUAAGGUAAAUGAUCUAGGGGAUGGAAAUAUGGAAAUCACAGACAAGGCAGCCUCAGAAUCUUCCAUGCUCCGUUUUAGCGAUGUUGUUGGUAAGCUGCUGCCUGUCGUCCAGAGCAUCAGCUCAACGGGAACACUGUCUCCUGCAUUUUUUUUCUUUUCUAUCCUCUUCUUGGCCAAUGAACACAAUUUAGUUCUGGAAAAUGUGAGUGAGCUAGAUAAUCUUAUUAUUCGUGGUAUUGCGAAGCUUUCACCAAAAGUACCCGUAUAA